CUUCCGGAUAUUUAUGUAAGGUGUUCUUUCCGUAACACGAGAGUUAUUUGGCAGGGAUGAACGACUGGCGGGUGCACGAAGGAAAUCGUCUUUGUUUGCGGGGAAUACAUUGAACAGUGUAGAGUGGAGAGAGGCAGUGCAGUGCAGAAAGCGCCGUGUCUUUUGGCAUUGUCAAUUGAAAGCUACAGAUACAGAUAUACAUAAAUAUAUACAAGGUAAAAGCAGGAAGGUACGAAGUCACGAGAAGAAAAGUUGUUUCUUUUUCGAGGGAAUUGCUUUGGCGCCUGUAUGAUUUCAAAGUUAUUUAGUUCACCCAAGACGGUCAUUUUAUAUACCAAACAUGGAAUUUUGAAGAAGUCAUCUCAAGGAAACGGUAGAAGGACUUGAUCAUUGAAGAAGGCUUGGCUUCACCCGAGCUGAUAGCUAGGAUUGGCAUUGAUAACUUUGGUAAUGGUAGAAGAGUGGCUUAUGGAUUUUGAUCUUUAGCAGCCAGGAACCUCACAUUUUGAGACAGAAUUCUUAAAGAAAUGUUCAACAUGCAUACUUCUGGUAGAUCAGAUUUUGAGAGAGCAGAGGAAAUAAAGGCCCUUGCUAAUGCAGCUUUUCAAGCUCACAAGUUUUCACAAGCCAUAGAGCUCUAUACUCAAGCUAUAGAAUUGAACAGUCAGAAUGCAGUAUAUUUGGCAAAUCGUGCAUUUGCACACACAAAGCUGGAGGAGUAUGGAAGUGCUAUUGCAGAUGCCACAAAAGCUAUUGAAAUUGAUCUUAAAUAUUCCAAGGGGUACUACCGAAGAGGUGCUGCAUAUCUUGCAAUGGGUAAAGUCAAAGAAGCUCUGAAAGACUUCCAGCAGGUUAAAAGAAUUUGUCCGAAUGACCCUGAUGCUACCAAGAAGCUUAAAGAAUGUGAGAAAGCUGUCCAAAAGCUUAGGUUUGAAGAGGCCAUCUCUGUGGAUGAUUUUGACAAGCAUUUGGUCUCCGAUUCUAUUGAUUUCCAUUCAAUAGAGGUUGAGCUGCAAUACAAUGGUGCUAGAAUCGAAGGGGAAAUUAUAACAUUGGAAUUUAUAAAGAAAAUGAUGGAGGAUUUCAAGAACCAGAAGAGUUUACACAAAAGGUAUGCUUUCCAAAUUGUAUUGCAAGCCAGGGAUUUGUUACGAGCGUUGCCCUCACUUGUUGAUAUCACUGUUUUAAAUGGAAAGAAGUUUACAGUUUGUGGUGACAUUCAUGGCCAGUACUAUGACCUUCUUAACAUCUUUGAGCUGAAUGGACUGCCUUCUGAGGAAAAUCCAUAUCUUUUCAAUGGUGAUUUUGUUGAUCGAGGAUCCUUUUCAGUUGAAGUCAUCCUUGUGCUCUUUGCAUUUAAAUGCAUGUGUCCAAGUGGGCUUUAUCUUUCUAGAGGAAAUCAUGAAAGCAAGAGUAUGAACAAGAUUUAUGGUUUUGAGGGUGAAGUGAAGUCCAAGUAUAAUGACACCAUGGCACAGGUUUUUGCUGAAGUUUUUUGCUGCUUGCCUUUGGCUCAUGUUAUUAAUGACAAGAUCUUUGUUGUCCACGGUGGUCUCUUUAGUGUUGAUGGUGUAAAACUUGCUGAUAUCAGAGCAAUUGAUCGAUACAGGGAGCCACCUGAAGAGGGGCUGAUGUGUGAAAUACUUUGGAGUGAUCCCCAACCCCGACAAGGGCGUGGGCCCAGCAAACGAGGUGUAGGCCUGUCCUUUGGGGAAGAUGUGACAAAGAGAUUUCUUCAAGAAAAUAAUCUGGAACUGGUGGUCAGAUCCCACGAAGUAAAAGAUGAAGGUUAUGAAAUUGAGCACGAUGGAAAACUUAUAACUGUUUUCUCAGCUCCGAAUUAUUGUGACCAGAUGGGCAAUAAGGGUGCAUUCAUAAGAUUCAAGGCUCCAGAACUUAAACCAGAAAUCAUCUCCUUUUCUUCUGUGCCACAUCCUGAUAUAAAGCCCAUGGCAUAUGCAAGUAAUUUUUUGAGGAUGUUCUCUUAAUUGCGAGAAGGUCCCUACCAAGAAGUUGAUCUUUUUAUUUUGUCAAUAUCCAAUAUCUGUGUCACAUGCAAACCUUCCAAGUUGUGAAUUUUGCAGUUAAGAGGCUUCAUGGUUGCUCGUUCCAGUGAAAUCAGAGGAUGAAAUGAACCGAGUUGCUUAAAAGAUUUAUUCUCAUUGGCUUCUGUGCAUUUAAGUUCCCUGAUUUAUUCAUAUUAUUUAUGAACUAUGCUGGAGAAAGUCAAAAGGACUAAUUUGCUUCAAAAGACCUGCUUUGUGUUAUAUAUAUCUAAUAAGGUCAUUUUUCCAGGUCCAAAAUUCCAAGUCUGACAGAAUGUUUGGGCUUGAGGCAAGAGUGCAUUUUUCUGUAAAUUAAUUUUGGAAAUGCUCAUUUUUUGUGUAUUUAAUUUUCUCUAAACAAGGAGCAUCUGUGGUGUUCCAGAUUGAUGAUCUGGAAUUAAGCUCCAAUGAUCUUUGCCUGGUACUUAAUAGCCAAACAUUGCUAUGAUGUUAUUCAGAAUCUUGAUUUACGUGAUAGGCAAAGUGUGCACUUCUUGUAAAUUAAAAUUUGAUAGUGCUGGAAUUUUCACUUA